AUGGCAGAAGAUGUUCUGAUGCACCAGAGACGUCUACUUCGAUUCCAAGCCCUCCAGCUAACACCAAGCGAACUACAGCAUUACACCCUUAUCGAAAUAGAGAGCCUACUACAAAAUUUCGAGAAAUCAUUGAAUGAGUUUACGGGGAUGCCACUUCCAAACAAGGCUAUCAUGGACGAAAUGAAAAAGAAAGCAAUGGCAAGGCACAACCAGUUUGACAUAGCGGAGGAAACAAUGAUCCACCAGAGAGGUACAGGGAAAACAUUUCUCUACAGAACAAUCAUCGCAGCUUUACAAUCAAGAGGCAAGAAGGUGAUCCCCGUUGCAUCAUCCUCCAUUGCUGCGCUUCUUUUACCUGGGGGACGAACAGCCUAUUCGAGGUUCAGUAUUCCACUCAAACUUUAUGAAGACACCUACUGCGAGGUGAAAACUGGGACAGUCCAAGCCAACUUCCUAAGUGAAACAGACCUCAUCAUCUGGGACGAAGCUCCUAUGGCCCAUCGUCAUGUUUUUGAGGCUGUUGAUCGUACUCUGAAGGAUAUUUUAGCGGUUUUAGAUGCAAAAGCUCUAACAAAACCUUUCGGUGGAAAGACAGUACUUCUAGGAGGUGAUUUCCGCCAAAUUUUGCCAGUUAUUUCACAAGGAACAAGACAAGAAACAGUCAGUGCCGCUCUCAAUCGAACGCCCCUGUGGAAAUACUGCGACAUCUUUCACCUCACACAAAACAUGCGGGUAGAACCAGAGGAGAAAGCGUUUGCAGACUGGAUUCUUAAGGUUGGCGAUGGCAGAGCAGCAGGCGAACCUCAGCAUUUGGCCAACUGUGAAACACCAGAAGAUCAGAUCUUCAUAGACAAUAAUGUCCUUCUCCCCAUAACCUCAAACCCUUUGGAGACUCUAUCCUCUUCUGCGUUUCCAGAUUUUGAAUAUGAGUACAAGGAUCUCAACAAACUUCGAGAAACAGCCAUCUUAACACCAAGGAACGUAACAGUUGAUGAAAUCAACAGUUAUUUGGUCUCCCAAGUACCUGGAGAAGAGAAAGAAUACUUAAGUGCAGACAGCUUUGCGGAAAGCCUACCAGCUCAUAAGCUACGUUUGAAAGUCGGUGUUCCAGUUAUGCUCCUGCGUAACAUGAACCAAAAAGAAGGCUUAUGUAACGGCACAAGACUAAUUGUCACACACAUGGGUGAAAAGGUUAUCAAAACAGAGAUGCUUACAUAG